CCAUACUAACACGAGUGCCUUUCCAUUGUAAUUGUCUCUAGGCAAAACUCAAAAAACAGGAAAUGGAAAUUGAUCUGGGAUUUGCGGAGAAGUCAGACGAUUCUGCCUGGCUGACUAACCGCUACUUUCCCAGCAAAUUAGGUGGCCAACCCGCCUGGCUGGAAUUGGAGGCUUUGCCGCCUACGUCACAGUUGCAGUGCAGCAAGUGCCAGUCGUUUAAGUCCUUCCUGGUCCAGCUAUAUGCCCCAUUCGACGAUGAUUUUAACUUCCACCGAUCGAUUUAUGUGUUCUUGUGCCGAAAUCCCGAGUGCCAAAAGGCCCAGAGUGCGGGUAAUUUCACAGUGCUGAGGUCUCAGUUGCCCCGAAAGAACAAGUUCUUCUCUGAGGAGGAGCCGAGCGAUGUGGGAGAUCCUUUGCCAGCCGUUCCAUGCCUCAAGAAAUUAUGCGCCGCCUGCGGUUGUUAUGCACCUCAUGCCUGCAGCAAAUGUAAAGCCAUCCACUAUUGCUCCUCGGAACACCAGAGAGCCCACUGGGCACAGCACAAGCUUAGCUGUGGAACACCAGGCGGAUCCACAGCUCAGCAUUUAACACAAAUUGUAUUUCCGGAGUACGAAAUUGUUAUGGACAGCAAUCCUAUAGAAUCUGGCGAUGAUAAUAAAGAUGACGAGGCUCGUUUGGCCGAGUUCCAAGAGAUGGAGGCCAGUGGUCAGACGGGCGACCUCAGUAAUGUUUCCGAAGCGGAGAUGGACAAGUACUUUGGAAAUACAACGGCCGACGAUGACAAGACCUUCCGUCAGUUUAAAAAGCAAACGGCAGCUGAACCGGAUCAGAUUGUGCGAUACAAACGCGGUGGUCAGCCCGUUUGGAUUACAAACAUCGCUAAAACCGUGGAAGAUCAACUAAAGCAGCUGCCUAACUGCACCGUUUGCGGAGGCUCUCGUCAAUUUGAGUUCCAGAUCAUGCCGCAGACGCUGACUCUGCUUAAAGACGACAGCCUCGACUGGGGCGUUCUGGCGGUCUACACUUGCGCAAAGAGCUGCCCCAUUGAAGGCUAUGUGGAGGAGCUGCUUAUCAAGCAGGACAUUGUGGCGGAGAUUGAGAGUUGACAUUAAAAUGCAUACAUAUAAA